GUUACUCGUUCAGCAGGUCCUGACCGGUGGGUCGUCUCGAGGGAAACCCAAAAGGCCAAAAAACCCAUGGGAGAAAGCAAAGCACCCGCCAGGCUGCUUGCUCAUCAGACACACAACACAACCGAUUAAAACGCCACACAAAAUUCCUCUCUUGUUGAAGAAAACCAAUUAAUUUUAACAAAAUUGAAGAAAAACAAGAAGAUAAUAACUGAAGAAUAGGGGUUGAAGAGAAAGGGGGUUCCGAUCUAGAUCGGAAAUUAGGGUGGAAAUUGGGAGAAAUACGAUCGAAACGGUGCGCUGCAUGAGAAGGGAGAAGGUGGGGCAGAGGGUGGAGGAAGAGGAGGUCGAAGAGAGAGAGUGAAAGGCAAAACAUGUCUGCCAUAGUGUGCGGGAAGAGAUCAUCGAUAUUCGAAGAGAACUCGCUGCCCUCAUCGUCCCCUCCUGUCUCCUCCUCAUCCAAGAGAAUCCGCUUUUCUUCUUCACCUGUACGUUUCUCUCCUCCGACUCCCGCUCCAACGUCGUUUGCUUCGCAUUUGAUCGACCAUCUCAGGUCCAUUUUCCCGGACAUGGACAACCAGCUUCUGGAGAGAGCACUUGAAGAAUGUGGUGAUGAUUUGGAUUCAGCUAUCAGAAGUUUGAAUGAGCUACGUUUAAGUUCUGCUGCAGGCAAAUCUCAUGUAGCUUCAGAAGCAAAUGUGCAACUCCAGUCACAAGGUUCAGCUGCAACAAAUGGAGAGGUUGCAGUUACUGAUGAUCCAUCAGGGCUAAAUAACCUUCCCAAGGAUGGAGCGGACUGGGUGGAGCUCGUUGUUAGAGAGAUGAUGAGUGCCUCCAACAUGGAUGAUGCUAAAGCUCGUGCUUCAAGAGUGCUUGAGGCCCUGGAGAAAUCCAUCAGUGGAUGUGCAACAGCAGAGGCAGCCCAAAGCUUUCAGCAGGAAAAUAUGAUGCUGAAGGAACAAUUGGAAGUUCUAAUUCAGGAAAACACAAUUUUAAAGCGAGCUGUAUCCACUCAGCAUGAACGCCAGAAAGAGUACGAAGAUAGAGGCCAGGAAUUGCAGCAUCUGAAGCAACUGGUGGCCCAAUACCAGGAACAGUUGAGAACCCUCGAGGUGAACAACUAUGCACUAACAAUGCACCUGAAGCAGGCUCAGCAAAGCAGCUCCAUCCCAGGGCGUUUUCAUCCGGAUGUUUUCUAAGAUUAAAAAAAUACGAUGAAUUUGCAUUGUGGAUGGAUAAAGUGCUUUGUAUGGUAGUUCUAAUGACAUGAAGGCACUUGAAGCUGCAUUAUGCUGUCUUAUUUGGGAAAUGGCUGUGCAGCAGCUUUUCCUCUGUUAUGAUGAAGACACAGAUAGUUUCGUUCAAACACAACGUCGAGGAUUUGUUAUGGUUGCCAUUUGGCCCAUCGCUCUCUUAAUUUGUUGUUACUUUGAUACUCAAUUAUGUUUUCUAGGUUUGAUAGAAAAGUCCCAUUUUAGUAAUUUCAUUGUAUCUUUAUACUUCAAUAAAGAGAAUGGAUGCUUGAAUUCUUGUACAUUCCA